AUAAAAUUUAAAAAUCGUAAUUUAUAAUUAUUUCGCCAAAUUUUGAAACGAUCGUUACACUCAACAAAUAAAAUCCUUUUGUCAUGAGUCAAAUUAAAGCUUUCGGUUGACUUGAAUUAGUCUUAGUCUUCCUGCCAAUGGCAAUGGAUCUCCCCCUAAUUGACGUCUCAAUAUGCAUCAAUAUCGUGACGAAGAUUGUCUCGAAUCUCAGUCAAUCCAUAACGAAGAAACAAUCCAAGAGAAGUAAACAAUACUGUCACAUCGACAUCGAGCUAAUUCCCAGAGGAAAAUACUGCUGGGUGCAAAUAACGAACGAGGGGGAGACCAAGUUUUCGCUGGAGGAGGUAUUGACCCUCGAUUUUAAUGAUUCCACUCUGAAUGGAACGAUUCUUGGUGAGAUAAUUCUGAAGAAAUCGAGAGGAACGCAAGAAAUUCCAUCUGUCUACAAGACGUAUUUUGAUGGGAAUUUCAUUGAAUUGAGGAGUAACUCGGAAAACCCAGGGGCUGAUAAAUUUUCCCACCUGAGGGAUUAUUUGUCUGUCAAAAUUGAGCAUCCAUUCGCAGGUGAGGGCCUUGGACCCCUGGUGGAACACCUCAUGGAGUAUUUGAUUAAUUUACAGUCCCUCCAUCCCCACACCAAAUACACCCUCCGCACUGACAGAACAACAUUCUACAACAAUUUCACUGAUCUCGACGACGAUUUCACAAAAUGCAAAAUCCUGAGCUCAGCCCUCGAGGCAAUCGUCUCACAAUCCGUCAACGAAUGUUUCAGAAAAGAAAUCUGUGAAACCCUAGAGAUUCCUGACGUAAGCGAUACCUCCACCACGAUUAUGUGUAAUUUAUUACCGAUUUUACAUAAAAAUUAUCAAUUAUGA